CUAAACAUUGAAAUUAGCAUCACUUUUCUCAUUUAAGGUUAGGUUCCAGCUCUAAAGUAAAUGCUGAAGAAAUUAUUGAUAUUAUUUCUUUUGUGUGAAAUAGUAGUUAGCAAGAAAUUUUGACAUUUCAUAUCGCACCGUGAAUGUUAAAAAGUAAAAGAAGAAGAGUGUGAAAAGUAAUCAAACGUAAAAGAUAUUUGAAGAAAAACUAAUAGAACGGAAUAGAAAUUUGAGCAGGAGUAAUUGUGUAUGUGUAUAAAAAAGCAAAGAGUUAUUCAAACGUAAAAGAUAUUAGAGCAAAGCAAUUGGUGGUCAUUUUUAGAAUUCAUAAUGGAAGACGAGGAGUUAAAUCUUAUGAUGUUGUUGAACUGUGGCGCGUUCAUGACCAUCAUAGAGUCUGGAAAAACCUAAUUAAAACGCAGGUGACCCUGUCAUUGGGUGAGCCCUUAUCUCAAGGCGAGGAAUGAGAAGGGGAGGUUUUUCACCGACUUCAAAAACUUACGGAACGAUCCAACUCGUUUCAUCGAAAAUUUUCGUAUGCCACAGAGUGUAUUUGAUAAGCUUUGGGAAAUACUGGAACCGAACUAGACCGAACGAUUUCAUUCCUACUAAAGCUAAGUUAGCAAUUGUACUAGAGUACCUGGCUUCUGGAGAUAUACAACGCCAUAUGGCCCCCUGCUAUCGUAUUAGCAAGCAGCACUUUGGUAGAAUCGUGUCCGAUGUGUGUAAGGGAAUAUGCAGCGUAUUGAAAAAUGAAAUUCCAGAUUGGACAGAACACUCGUUGUUGGAGAUAUCGAACUGCUUUCGAACACAAUGGAAUUUUCCGAACUGCGUCGGGACUAUCGAUGGCAAACACAUAGCUGUCAAAGCCCCACCAAAAUCUGGAAGCAUAUUUUAUAAUUACAACGGAUUCCAUUCUAUUGUGUUGAUGGCCACAUGUGAUGCCAAUUAUAAAUUCACAUACGUGGAUGUUGCUGCUUACGGAAGCGAAGGAGACUCCAAUAUUAUGAAGAAUUCGAGAUUUGGUAUCAGCAUACUUAAUGACAGCUGCCAAUUUCCGGCCGACGGCUUUAUUGAUGGCAAAAAAGUACCAUACUUCAUUGUAGGAGACGACGCAUUUCCACUGCGUAAACGUAUUAUAAAGUCUUACAACAGCAAAAACCUUUCCAAAGAGGAACAAAUUUUCAAUUACCGUUUAAGUAGAGCAAGACGGUGUACUGAAAACGCGUUUGGAGUUUUGAGUGCAAAAUGGCUUUGCCUCAGAAAGGUAUUAUUUUGUCAUCCGGACCGGGCACGAUCAAUUGUUUCAGCAUGCUGCCUGCUUCAUAACUUCCUCAUCAAUAAAUGUGGACAAACUUAUAAUCCUCCUAUCUUCUGUGGAUUCGAGGGCAUCGAUGGAUUCUGGGAAUCAGGAUAAUGGGAGACUAUACAACAACAAGAAGGCCCUUUAAAUGAUUUAGGUACCUACCGGGGAAGAGCAUCAGAUUAUGGAAAAUAUGUACGAAAUGUCUUAAAAGAUUAUGUAAAUUCUACAUCUGGAUCUGUUGCAUGGCAAAAUAAUGCAACAUUUCUUUGAAUUUUUAAAUAUUUAUGUUUAUUUAAAAAACAAUAAUUGCUAUCUAUUUUAUGUAAACCAUGUAUAUAUGUUUUUUAUAAAAAGAAGUUUGAUGUUUCCAAA